AUGACCGCGACUACCAUCAUCGAAACGCCGGAUUAUUUCUAUUCCUCUGUGCUCCCCGUGGUCCAAAACUCGUUCGCUCUAGACCACAAGUGGGCCGAUGGAGUGCUAUAUAGAGACGAGUCUCCCCAGGACGUGAUUUACGGCGACCUGGACCAGAAGACGGGCUUUGUGCUGUUUAUCCACCAGAAGUGGAACGAGCGGGACUUUCGAGAGCUCAAUUUGAUCGCCAUUGCCUACAGACACGACGUUCACAGCCUCCGCGACUUGGUUCCAGACCAUGUGGACUGGCUACAGAGCAUGCGAAACCAGGUGGUCAAUAUCCUGCCUGAGAUCUACGGAAUCAAAAUGAAGAGCAUGCAGCCGGUUCUCUACGUGCCCUACCCCCCUGGCAAGUACCAUUUCCAUUUUCUGAUCCGAGAAAAGUCUUCCCCGAUCUUGCAGGAAGAGCUCCGAAGUGGCCGGGCUCUACUGCUGGACCAUGUCAUUAACCAGCUUCAGCAGGGGGUUUUUUACCGAGACGUGACUCUGAAGUUUGAGGUGAACCAGUAG